CGGAUUUCAGUGAAAACCCAAAUCUUUCCCUAUCUUCCAUCUACACUCAAUUCCAAACCAGGAAGCGUUUUAUCCACUUUGAUCCAAACUAUUGAUGCUGAACGGGACGUGGCGUUGAAGCAAAUAAAAACGAAAGAAAUGGCGACAUUUGGAUAGGAAUGUUAUCGCUGACACCAUCAUCUUCAACGAAAAUGUUGCGUCCUACGUUACACAAGGUCACUGCGCGGAGUUGGGGGCCCAUUGAAGCAAUUCUUGGUAGGAGUGGUGAUGGGCUCUACUUGUACUCCACACCCUGAUGGGUUUUCUCUCUCCUUCGAAAUUUUUGCGUGAAAGCAAGGAAACACAGGGUACUCUCUCAGUUGGGAUGAUCAAAGCCUUUUUAAGGAGGUAACCCAUCUCGAGUUUAUCAAAUUGAACUCAAUUUCAUGUCCUGAAAAACUCCAGCAGCAAUGUUAAUGGCUUCUAGUAAAGUCUCAUAUUAUGUUUUGCUAUGCUUCGGUAUUGUGGCUGUCUCUGUUAGUACUUUCUUUGCCAUUGGAGAUGACACUGUCCAGCCUAUCCGGCUAGUUGUUAAUGCUUCAGAAGCAUCAGCACGGCAGAUUCCAGACACGCUUUUUGGAAUCUUUUUUGAGGAAAUUAAUCAUGCAGGCGCUGGUGGAAUAUGGGCAGAGCUUGUGAGCAACAGGGGAUUUGAAGCUGGGGGUCCAAACACUCCGUCUAAUAUUUAUCCUUGGUCAAUCAUUGGAGAUGAGUCGAGUAUAAGUGUUUCAACGGAUCGAUCGUCCUGCUUUGAUCGGAAUAAGGUGGCACUGCGUAUGGAGGUGUUGUGUGACAGUAGGGAUAACAAUGUCUGUCCAACCGGAGAAGUUGGUAUCUACAACCCUGGAUUCUGGGGCAUGAAUAUUGAAGAAGGAAAGGCAUACAAAGUGACUCUUUUUGUUCGGUCCUUGGGAGAAAUUGAUGUGUCCGUUUCACUCACGGAUUCAAGAGGGCUGAAAAAGUUGGCAACAGCAUCCAUCAUAUCUUCUGAUGUGUCGAACUGGUCAAAGAUGGAGGUUCUAUUGACUGCCACAGAAACUAAUCAUAAUUCACGUCUUCAGUUGACAACGUCGAAAAAAGGAGUAAUAUGGUUUGACCAAAUAUCUGCCAUGCCUGUGGAAACAUACAAGGGUCAUGGCUUCCGAAAUGAUCUAGUCCAAAUGAUGGCUGAUUUGAAACCCCGAUUCAUUAGAUUUCCAGGUGGAUGCUUUGUGGAAGGUGAAUGGUUAAGAAAUGCAUUUCGCUGGAAAGAAACCAUUGGACCAUGGGAACAGAGACCUGGACACUUUGGUGAUGUUUGGAUGUACUGGACUGAUGAUGGGCUCGGCUAUUUUGAAUUUCUCCAACUGGCAGAAGAUCUUGGUGCUGCGCCAGUUUGGGUGUUCAAUAAUGGAAUCAGCCACCAAGAUCAGGUAGACACUUCCAAUAUCGCACCGUUUGUGCAGGAAGCCCUCGACAGUAUCGAGUUUGCAAGAGGAGAUCCUAAUUCCACUUGGGGUUCUGUUCGGGCUGCAAUGGGACAUCCACAACCUUUCGACUUAAAGUAUGUCGCCCUUGGAAAUGAGGACUGUGGCAAAAAGAACUACAGAGGAAACUAUGUCAAGAUCUACAAUGCUCUAAAACGUGCCUAUCCUGACAUCAAAAUAAUCUCAAACUGUGAUGGAUCUUCUGUGAAGUUGGAUCACCCAGCUGAUUACUAUGACUUUCAUAUAUAUACCUCAGCCAACCAAAUGUUUUCAAUGGCUCAUAAGUUCGAUAAAACAUCACGUACUGGUCCGAAGGCUUUUGUGAGCGAGUAUGCGGUGACGGGUUCAGACGCUGGCACAGGCAGUCUCCUUGCAGCCAUCGCUGAAGCUGGAUUUCUCAUCGGCCUUGAGAAGAACAGUGAUAUUGUUGAAAUGGCUAGCUAUGCACCACUUUUCGUGAACACUAAUGACAGAAGGUGGAAUCCGGAUGCUAUUGUCUUCAAUUCAUCGCACCUUUAUGGAACUCCUAGCUACUGGAUGCAGCAAUUUUUUGCCGCAUCAAGUGGAGCAACUCUUCUUGAUACAACACUGGGUGCUAAUUCUUCUUCCCUAAUCGCAUCUUCCAUUAUAUGGAAAAAUGCGGAUGAUAACAAUUACUAUCUUAGAAUCAAGGUUGUUAACUUUGGAAGCAACAACGUGAAUCUCAAGAUAUCUGUAAAUAAUUUGAAUGGCUACUCCAUUAGGAAAUCUGGGUCGUCCCAGACUGUUCUUACUUCUGCUAAUUUAAUGGAUGAGAAUUCCUUGAAUAACCCAAAGAAGGUCCUUCCCUUAAAAGCUUCGCUUAACACAGCUGCCGAAAACAUGGACGUUGUUAUCGUAUCACAUUCUAUAACUUCAUUUGACUUGUUGAUUGAAUCCAACACUAUCAGGAUGCCUGGAAGCCAUCAUCAGUUCUCAACAUCUGCUAUCUGAAGUUGCAUAUGAAGCUGAUAAGCAAAACAGUGAAUGCAUAUGUAUGGAACAGGUUAAGAGAUCUGUGUUAUUAUCCUUACAGUUUGAUCCAAAGUGAAAUAAGCAUGUAGCAUGCUCUCAUCGUACAGAGUCGAGGGGGUCGGGGUCAGUGGCCUAUGGCCUAUGAUUUAAUAUCAAUAACAGCGUCUUGUACAUAAGUAUACUAAUUACAUAAUACAACAUCUGAUUGUUUAUAUCGUUUGAUGAUUGUUUGUAUCAUUU